GUUUUUUCGUUAUUAAGUUUCUUGUCGUGAAUUUUCAUCUGAAAACUCACUUUGAUUAUAUGUAAGUGAAAACAUAAACAUUUGGUUGUUCUUUUUUGUCUAGUUCAUGGCCUGAAGCAACGACUUGCGCCGAUCUCUGGGUUGUACGUUGGAUUUAAUAACGACGGUGACGGAAGAUAAGCGAGGACGUGCCUCGACCUUUUUACCUCACCGACGAAGACGAAGAUCAUGUUGGUUCCACGACGCACAUUAUGUCUUAUCGCAGUAUUGCCCACUGUAUGUUUCUCAAGGCUUUUGGCUGCUCGUCCAUCACAAGACAGAAGUGGGAAGGCUCCGACCGAUGCAACAUCUCCAGGCGAUGCUGUGACAAGCAAUUUGUCGGGGGGUGCAUAUUCCGCUGUUUUUAACCCGCUGGGUGUUCAAGUCGACUUUGUAGGACAUAGCACCAGUGAUGUUAGCUGGAAGUGCAGUGAUUCUGCCGGGCCUCCUCAAUGGGACGAUGAGAGCAUAAGCAGAAGUCGAUCUUCUGAUAUUGUAGUGGCGACUGACCCUGAUGCAUUCGGUGAUCCUGAUCCGGAAGAUUCCACCACUGCUUUGGUUGCACCACGGCCAACAGAUCCUGAUGUUGAUGACGAUUCCCAUGCAGAAGAAGGCAUAGCGGUAAGACCAACAUUGUGCUGUCAUCCUCCUCGGUCGUCUGGCUGUAGCCGUGGAGUCAUUGCAGCUAUGGCGGCAAGUGUCGCAGCGGCUGCAUUGGCUUAUGGAAGCGUAGAGAUCCGUAACGCGCAUGAGCUAUCACGACAAGGAAACCGUAGCACAUCACAUUCACAUCAAAAGAUAGGAGAGCGAGGAAGAGCAGGUGACAGAUUUCUUCCUCGAAGCUCUGCAGAUUUACCUGGUGCGAACCGAUCCGAUGCGGAAUUUAAACCAAAAUGGUGGACACCGGAAAGAGGAGAGACAAGUGAUGCGAAUGUCCGGAAACAAGACGAUUCAAGAGCUGAAGAUAGACAACGUGGUGAUGAUCAUGUUGUGGAACACGAACAAGGUGGGCCGCGUGCUUCUGGUCCUACAUCCUCUGCUGUAUCGUCAAGAAGUAGCCCUCUUGCUGGGCAGGAACGCCAUGAAGACAGCAGAAACACCACAAGCAAGUACAUUCCCUCAGCCUCAUCAAGCAUUUCGAGUCCUAAGGCUGAUUUGCGCGUCGUUGAAUUCGGCAUGA